AAUAACCUUCACCUUGCUGGCUGGACACGUUUUCGGAGUUCAUUGGACUUUAUUAACCAGACGACGAUGGAUGAGGGUUUGUUGGAAGGAGAAGCAAAUUUAAAGUCUUGCUUGGAAGACUGGAGUGAACUCAACAAAGAGUUUACACAGCUCGAGGCUACACAUGACCAUUACAAGAAAGUGCUUGAGGAAUUAUGGGAUGCCCAGAAAAAAUGUCUAUCGGGAAUUGCUCACCAUCGGUAUCGAAUGAAGCAGAUAAGUGAAAAGAUGAAUAGAAUAAAAGAAAAAUCCAAACCAGAGACGGAGGAUGCACUUAAACAGUUGAGAUUGGAAAUGCAACAGAGGAAAUCCCAGUUCAGAGAAAUGGAGGAGUUCUUACCACACAAAAAUGGGAUAUACCUGAGUAUUAUCCUGGGAUCUGUCAGUGUGUCUCUUCUCAAUAAGGAGGAAAAGUAUGCCUACAAACAUAAUUACGAGACAUUCAAAGCUACAGUGAGCUAUAUAAGCCUGGCCUUGUCCCUAGUCCUUAUGUUUGUCACAGAGUACAGGUGGUUCGAUGCUGUUCUGCAUUUUCUCUUGGUCUGGUAUUACUGCACACUGACUAUUAGAGAAAACAUCCUCAUGGUCAAUGGGUCCAGAAUUAAAGGUUGGUGGGUGACUCAUCACUUCAUAUCCACAGUUUGUGCAGGACUGACCCUUAUAUGGCCAGACAGCUAUACCUACAAAUACUUUAGAGGCCAAUAUUUAAUGUUUAGCAGCUAUCUUAGUUUUCUAUAUAUAGUUCAGUUUUUCUACCAGAAGGGGGCGCUAUAUAGAUUGAGGGCACUGGGUCAGCGCCAUGAUAUGGAUAUUACUGUUGAGGGUUUCAUGUCCUGGAUGUGGAAGGGGAUCUCAUUUUUGCUGCCAUUCCUGUUUGCUGGUUAUUUCUUCCAAUUGUACAAUGCCUAUGUACUGUAUAGACUAUCACAAGAUCCCCAUUGUAAAGAGUGGCAGGUUUUGUUCCUGGCUAUUAUACAUCUAAUCCUUUCCGUGGGAAAUAUUACCACAACACUUAAGGUAGUAGUAGAUAAACUUAGGACAAACAGAAGGCAGGAGCUAACCAACAAGUACAGGUUUAACUCACAUCAGAAGAAAGACAUGUAGGCAUUAUAAAGACCAGUAUUCACAAAGACCAGUAAGAUGGGAGGUUUGAACACCAGCAGAGGGAGACCCUACCCCUACAAGAGACUGCCUCCUGUAUACAGAAAGAAGUGUUUGAUUUUAAACUUUGCCAGAAUGUUGUCAUUUCAAGAAAUUGUUUUGCUUUAAGCAAAAUGUUAGGCCAGUUUAAAUAGUAUUUUGAAUUUAUAAAGACUACUCAAGUUUCAAGAUGAAUAUGGCCGGGGCAUAUAGUGUUUGUCAUGUCCGCCUUCCGUCCUUCUGUCAGCCCGUCUGUCCUUCCGUCACACUUUGCGUUUAGCUCUGUUCAAAGCUCAGUUUCAAAGAAACUAUCCAAGAUAUUUUUAUCAAACUUCAUAUGCUGAUAGAUAUUGAUGAGAGCUAUGCAACUGCAUCAACAUUUUUUGACCUUCACCUUUCCUUUGACCUUGACCUUACUUUUCUUAAAUUAGUGUUUAGCUCAGUUUUAAAGAUACCAUUCAAGAUAAUGUAAUCAAACUUCAUAUGUUGAUACAUACUGGUAUAAGCUAUUCAAGUGCAUCAACAUUUUUUGACCUUGACCUUUCUUUUGACCUUGACCUCACUUUUCUUAAAUUAGUGUUUAGCUCAGUUUUAAAGAUACCAUUCAAGAUAGUGAAAUCAAACUCUCAUAUGUUGAUACAUACUAAUGUAGGCUAUUCAACUGCAUCAAUAUUUGUUACGUUGACCUUUCCUUUGACCUUGACCUCACUUUUCUUAAAUAAGUUUUCAGCUCAGUUUUAAAGAUAACAUUCAAGAUAGUGUUAUCAAACUUCAUAUGCUGAUACAUACUGAUGAGAACUAUUCAACUGCAUCAACAUUUUUUGACCUUGACCUUUCCUUUGACCUUGACCUCACUUUUCUUAAAUUAGUGUUUAGCUCAGUUUUAAAGAAAUCAUCAUAAUAUUCUUAUCAAACUUCAUAAGCUAAUACAUACUGAUGUAACCUUUUCAACUGCAUCAACAAUUUUUUACCUUGACAUUUCCUUUGACCUUGACCUCACUUUUCUUAAAUUAGUGUCAAACUUCAUAUGCUGAUACAUACUGAUGUAAGCUAUUUAACUGCAUUAAUAUUUUUUCCCCUUGACCUUUCCUUUGACCUUGACCUCAAUUUUCUCAAUUUGUGUUAAAUUGUUGCAUUACAAAUAUACCCUCGGCGGGGCAUUCAUGUCCUAUGGACGUAUUUCUAGUUUCUUUUAUUAAUUGCUACUGUGGCUACAAGGUUUCUCUGUCAAGAUAACAUGAAUUAUCACAAUUUUUGCACAAUUAAACCUGUAAACCUGUUAGGUAACCCUUCGUAUUACUCAAAUGACCACAGUCAUAAAGGUACUUGCAGGAUUUUUGUUAAAAAAUUCUUGGUAAUUGAUGUUUAAAAUGAAAUAUAAAUAAUUAUUUGUGAAAAAUUGUUAUAAUUUACAAGGACUAGCUAUAACUAACUCAGUGAAGGUAAAUGAGUAUUUUACUGUUUCACAUAAAAAUGAUUAAUGUGUUUUACAAUCCAAUUACUUAAUUAUAAUUGACUGCCAGAUAAUUCUCUUUCUUCAAAUUUAAGUUAUUUCUGAAAAUAAAUUUUUACUUCAUUGAGCAUUUAAAUAAAAAUUGCUUCACAAUUGCACAUGAUGAAAAGCACAAACAAACCUUAGAUUCUUGAUGUAGGACAUUACAUGAAGGAUUCAACAUGUUACCAAUUAUUGGUUGUGAUGUAUGAAUGUUAUCUUGAAUGUAUUAUUUCAAAUAAUUCUAAAUUUACUUACACAUUUACUGUAUAUUGCAUAAUACUUACUAGUAUCAUUGUUUUGUCUCUAUUAAAUUUAGCAGUUCAAUUUAGCAAAGUAUAUUCAUACAAAAAUGUAAAUCAAUUUCUUAUUACUACACAUUAAAGUCCCCAAAUGAAGCUGUGAGUCAUAUUGCGAAGAAGCCAUAAGUUUAAGGUCAUUAAUUUGGGGCAAUAAUGGUGCUAGCUAUAAUUGCUAGCAUUGAUAAUGGUGCUAGCUAUAAUUGCUGUUAUGUGCUAUAUUUAACUGUUGUGUUGUUAAUUGUUCAUAAAAUGAAAUUAAAUUUUUUUACAUAAUAAAAUUUCAAAAAAUC